AUGCUAAUAACGCCAAAUCCCGCCCAUGAUGCAGUUACAACGACCAUCGAGUCCCUCUACGGGACCCCCCAAUUACCCCUCCGCAAAUCGCUGGAAAGCCAGCAGCCCGCGAAGAUGCCGUCCGCGACGAAGGCCGCAAAGCCGCCGGUGCUGAGGUUGCAGGCUGUGGACAGGGUCCCGAAUCAGAGCGACGACGAUGACGAUGAGAUUUCUGCGGUCACAGACGGGCUGCUUAGCGAGAGGCGCACGGCGCUACCGCAUCUCGCAGCCUCCCAAGCCGCGCCUGUCUUCACGCUCCCUGGACAUCCGCUGUUCCCUCCGCUUCCGGUGUACGUGCAUCCGCCGUCUAUGCUUGAUACGGCGCGGUAUCUGGCCAUUCGAGGCGCGUCGUUUGUCCUGUCGUUGUUGUUUCUCCUGGUUGUUGUACUUGGGGCGCUAUCUCGUGGCAUCUGGUUACUCCUCGUUGCGGCAGGCCAGUAUCUGCAGCGAAACAGUCCGCGGCAACAGCGGAGAUUCUACGCCGAAGAGCGCGCGCGCAGGCUAGACCGACGGACGUCGAGUCGGCGGUGGAAGCUCCGGCAGGAGAAGAGGGAAGUCGACGAGGAGGCGCCGGACGAUGACGAUUGCCCGCCGUUAGAAGGAGGGAAGGAUCCCGUUGUCGAUGAUGUCGCGUACUAUGCGCGACGAGUCGGGUUAGAUGUUGAGACUUAUAAAGUGCAGACGGAAGACGGGUUCAUCCUUACACUUUGGCACGUCUAUAAUCCCCACGAAUACACGCCUCUCCCUGCCAGCGAGCGGAAACCACGCGGGCCGCAUGUAUUCAGCGCGAAGAAGGAUCUGGAGUCCUUUAAUGGGGUGCGAAGGAAAUACCCCGUGCUCUUGAUGCACGGUCUCCUGCAGAACUCCGGCGCGUACUGCGCAAACGACGACGAUAGCCUCGCGUUCUUCCUCUGCAAAUCCGGAUACGACGUCUGGCUGGGGAAUAACCGGUGCGGUCUCGAACCAGAGCACACAAGCAUGCUGGACUCCGACCCGCGCAUGUGGAGCUGGACAAUCCAGCACAUGGGCGCGUUCGACAUAACAGCGCUAAUCUCCCGCGUGCUCUUCGAAACAGGGUACGACAAACUCGGCCUGAUCGCACACUCGCAAGGAAGCGCGCAGACCUUCGUCGCGCUGUCGAAAGACCAACGUCCCGAGCUGGGCGACCGCAUCUCUGUCUUCUGCGCCCUCGCGCCAGCGGUUUAUGCCGGGCCUCUCGUUAACCGCGUCUACUUCCGCUUCAUGCGCCUGAUUUCCCCCGCUGUCUUUCGGCUGGUCUUUGGCAUCCACUCGUUCAUCCCGUUGAUGGUCACCGUCCGGCGCUGGCUUCAUGCCCGCCUCUACGGGAAACUGGGCUACAUCGUCUUCUCGUAUCUGUUCAACUGGUCCGAUACGCGCUGGGACUACGGGCUCCGCGACCGUAUGUUCCAGUUCGCGCCUGUGUAUGUCUCCACCGAGACGAUUCGGUGGUGGCUAGGCGCGGACGGGUUCUCGACGCACGAGUGCAUUCUCGCGACGAAGGAGGCGUGUCUUGCUGAAGUUGAAUUCAACCGCACUACAGCGUCAGCGUCGAGUAUCAGAGACGCCGAAUCCGAUUCGACAGCGUGGUACGGCCCGCGCACUCCACCCUUUGCACUGUGGAUCGGCGGCGCAGACCAGCUUGUUGAUGGGCGGAAACUUCUGCGGAGGCUUGGGAGCGGUCGUGAGCCGUGCGUUGAUGUUGUUCAUGAGAAAGUUAUCGAGGAGUAUGAGCAUCUUGAUGUGCUUUGGGCGAUGGAUAUGAUUGAGCAGGUGGGGAAGGAGGUGCGGUUGGUGCUUUGGGAGACGAUGCCGGGUGAUGCGAGGGCGAGGAGUGUUGUUCCGCGCGGGGUUGCGUGA